AAGUGUAUGCACUGCAGCUUCAGUGGCUGUUUACCACGGAAACAACAAGUUCACCUCGACACGUGUGCGGGCGUGUUUAGCCCUGGUCUGCGGGUUUAUCCACAGAUACCAAAGCUGCAAAACUUUGAAGAUAAUAUGGUAGUUGGCUUUGCCGUAACCAUCGAAUCGACGCCACUUUCACCUCUAUAUAGAAUGAGAUCGGGUUGUUUUUCUGGAACCAGCAGUUGGCUGUCUUGAUACCUGCAGACACGCCUCACCGUUACCGUAUUGACGGCAGCAGACGCUUUUUUUCUCACUUCAAAUGCAACUCUAAUCCCUCGGACUAACAGAGAACCAGAAUGAUUCUGAGGAAAGUGGAGCCGUGGCUGUGCAGCGUUGUGAGGUCUAGGGUGGCGGCGGGGCGGGCGAUGUCCUCGGCCGUGCCCCCCCAGCCAGUGCCGCCGUUGGACCAGACGCUCCGUGAGUACCUGCGGGCGCUGGAGCCGCUGCUGCCGCCCGACGAGUUCCAGCACACCCAGAACAAGGUGCUGAAGUUCGGCCAGAGCGGAGGCCUGGGCCCGCGGCUCCAAGACGGGCUGCUGCGGCGCGCCAGAACCAGUAACAACUGGCUCUCCGACUGGUGGGUCCAGCAUGCCUACCUGGAGAGCAGGCAGCCCCUCCCGGUCCACUCCAACCCGGCCAUCUCCCUCCCCCAGCGGGACCACUGCGACUGGAGGGGCCAGCUGCUGUUUGCCUCCAAACUGAUCGCAGCAGUGUUGGAUUUCAGAGCCAAAGUCAACACCGGCCAACUUCCUGUUGAGUACAUGAGGGGGGAGCCUCUGUGCACGCAGCUCUUCCCACUCCUCUUCUCCAGCUGUCGGAUCCCCGGGCCCAAGCAUGACUACAUCUCCCAUCAUGCACUGUCCCGCCGCUCCCCCACACACAUCACUGUGGUCAGGAACUACCAGUUCUUCCAGCUGGAGGUGUACAACAGCGACGGCUCCCGUAUGACGGAGAGCCAGAUCCACGGGCAGCUGCUCCGGAUCCGCGCCGCGUCCUGGAAGACGGACAAGGAGCCCAUGGGCCUGCUGACCAGCGAGCACCGCCGCACCUGGGGCCAGGCCUACAAGAGGCUGCUCAGAGAUAAGGUGAACAAGGACUCUGUGCGGGCCAUAGAGCAGGGGCUGUUCACGCUGUGUCUGGACUCCCCCGUCAUGAGGAUCUCAGACGAGAAGUACGCCAGCCGCAUGGCAGCCCAGGUUCUGCACGGGGGCGGGACCUUCUCAAACAGUGGCAACCGUUGGUUCGACAAGACGCUGCAGUUCAUCGUAGGGGAGGACGGCUCCUGGGGUCUGCUGUACGAACAGGCCACCGCUGAGGGCCCGCCCAUCGCCACCCUAUUGGACCACGUCCUCGACUACUGCCAGAAGCCGGACCCCAAGCGGUCGCCCCUGGUGCCCCUCCCCAUGCCCCGGAAGCUGUACUUCCUGAUCGACAAGGACAUCAAGAGGGACAUCGAGCACGCCAAGCAGAACCUCGACAUCCUGAUCAACGACCUGGAUGUGAACGUGUUCAACUUCCGGCGGUUUGGGAAGGAUCUCCCGAAGCAGCACGGCCUCAGUCCCAACGCCUUCAUCCAGGUGGCGCUGCAGCUCUCCUACUACAGGGUCCACGGGGAGGUGUGUCCGGCCUGUGACAUGGUGUCUCUCCGGAUGUUCCGUGGCGGGCGGACGGAGUUCAUCCGCUCGCCCACCAGGCAGACCCUGGACUUCAUCCAGGCCUUCGACGACCCCGCCCUAUCGAGGGAGGCCAAACUACAGCUGUUCCGGGAGGCUGUGGAUGUUUAUUCAGCGCUGACGGAUCGGGCGCUGCGGGGCCAGGGUCUAGACCGCCACCUGCUGGGUUUGAAGCUGCAGGCCAUCGAGGAGGGCCUCAGCAUCCCCAAGGUGUUCAUGGACACCGCCUACGGCCUGGCCACUCACUGGAGGCUCCGCACCGGGCAGGUGCCCUCCAACACGGACAGCGUGAUGUGCUUCGGGCCGCUGGUCCCCGACGGCUACGCGGUCUGCUACAACCCCCAGGCCGACCACGUGCACUUCUCCGUCACCGCCUUCAACUGCUGCGAGGAGACGGACGCAGAGACGCUGGCCCGCAGCCUCAAGCACACGCUGGGCCAGCUGCAGGAGCUGCUGCAGCCGCCCAGUGCCACCGCCGCCGCCUAGCGGGGGACGAGGGAGACUUCGGGAAAAUUAGAUCGGGAUUUUUGAUCAGUUCGUGUUUUUUUUGUCUUUUGGAGAACGUCUUUGCAUAUCGGAGGCCUUCGCGAGGCUAGUUUAGCUUGAGAUGAUUCCUAAUGCUACUCUGGCUAUUGGUACGCUAGCUAGUGCUAUGCUACCUAAUGCUACGGUCGCUAAUGAUAUGUCAGCUAAUGCUAAGGUUGCUAAUGCUGUGGUAGCUAAUGCGACGUACGUUAAUGAUAUGUUAGCUAAUGCUACGGUCGCUAAGGAUACAGUCGCUAAGGAUGUUUUAGCUGGUGCUAUGUUAGCUGAUACUAUGAUAGCAAGCGAAUACUACAUGAGCUAGGGAUACAUGCUAGUCGAUGCUAUGUUAGGUAAUUUUAGCUGAUGCUUGCUAAUGGUACAAUGCUAGUGGGGGCUUCACUAGCUUAUGCUAAGCUUAUCAAUUUUUUAUGAUGAAAGAUCAUUUUUGUAAGUACUGUUCGUAAUGUACUCCUAUUGAGCAAUGCUGCAAAAAAAGUAUUUUCCUUUCACUAGUUGUAUUCCUUUACUCUAUCACAAAAUAAAUUGUGAUAGAGAAUACUGUAGUAUUUUGUAAACGUAUCUCUGUUUGAGAUAGCUUCUUAGACUGUUAUGUUUCUAAGCCAAUGUUUAACUGAAGCCAAGACAGUUUAAUGAGGUUUAAGAAUAAAAACAAUGUGUUGGCUGAAAGUAUCAUUGGUUGCACUGCUUUUUAAAGUUACUUUGAUUAUCAACGGAAUGAGAACAUUUGUCCAAAAGGACAACCCAUUAAAGUUUGUUUGUUGUUUGA